CCCUCCCCCAAUUUCCCCGCCCCCCCUGGAGGUUGAAAGUUCCCCUGGAGCACCCUGCAGCCCGGGCUCCGUCAUUACUACGCUCUCCCGCUGCAACCUUUCUAGCUCUUGAUGAUCCAUUACCCUUUUUUUGUGCUUCUGCAAGUCCUUUAAAUUCAACCCCCUCCCUCCCACCGCCAUCCGGCCCCCUCCCUCUUUCCUUGACCCCCCUCCCGAUUGAAGCGCCUUGACAAUGGCGUCCAAAGGCUCCCUGGCGGUUAGGCCUCCGCCAAACUCAUCCCGCUCGCCCAGUCGCUCCCCCGGUCCGAAGAACCGCAAGAAGGCCGCCGCGCAACCCUCCAGCUAUGCCUCCGACGGUGUCACGGAUAACAAUAUCUUCAACCUUCCCACCUCCGACUACAAAACCCUCGCUCUGGUGACCAUCGUUGCCGCGGUGGUCCGCCUGUUCAGGAUCUACCAGCCGUCGAGCGUGGUCUUCGAUGAAGUCCACUUCGGAGGUUUCGCGACGAAAUACAUCAAGGGCCGCUUUUUCAUGGACGUUCACCCCCCGCUUGCCAAACUGCUCAUCACACUUGCCGGCUGGCUGGCGGGCUUCGAUGGAAACUUCGAUUUCAAGGAUAUUGGAAAGGACUAUCUCGAACCUGGUGUGCCAUAUGUUGCGAUGCGAAUGCUCCCCGCGAUCUUGGGUGUCCUGACGAUCCCAUUGAUGUUCUUGACUUUGAAGGCAUCCGGUUGCCGGACUGUCACUGCGGUCCUGGGCGCUGGUGUCGUGAUCUUUGAGAACGGUCUUAUUACCCAGUCUCGCUUGAUCCUCUUGGACUCUCCGUUGGUAUUCUUCACUGCGCUUACGGCAUUGUCGUUCACGUGCUUCACCAAUCAACAUGAAAUUGGCCCUUUGCACGCCUUCCGUGCAUCCUGGUGGUUCUGGCUUGUUGCGACUGGUCUUUGCCUGGGUGCUACUCUCAGCGUCAAAUGGGUUGGUCUCUUCACAGUGGCCUGGGUCGGCUCAAUUACCGUUCUCCAGCUGUGGGUGCUGCUUGGCGACUCGAAGAAUGUCACACCGCGCCUGUGGUUCAAGCACUUCUUUGCCCGUGUUUUCUGCCUGAUCAUCAUUCCUCUAGGGUUCUAUUGCGGAAUGUUUGCAAUCCACUUCCUGUGCCUCGUCAACCCCGGAGACGGAGAUGGGUUCAUGUCGUCCGAAUUCCAGGCGACAUUAAACUCCAAGGGAAUGCAGGACGUCCCUGUGGAUGUCGCGUUCGGCUCUCGGGUCUCCCUGCGUCACCUUAACACCCAGGGAGGUUACCUUCACUCUCACAACCACAUGUACCCCACCGGAAGCAAGCAGCAGCAGAUUACGCUGUAUCCUCACAAGGACGAAAACAAUGUUUUCGUUCUCGAAAACCAGACCCAACCCCUGGGUCCCUAUGGAACUGUGGAGGGCCCCUUGGCCUGGGACAACAUGACCGCAGAAUACAUCGAAGACGGUGCCACGAUCCGCUUGAACCAUCUGAUCACACGGCGACGAAUUCACUCCCAUGACGAGCGGCCUCCGGUUACUGAUGUCGACUGGCAAUUUGAGGUGUCCGCUUACGGAUACGAUGGCUUCCCUGGAGAUGCAAAUGACCUCUUCCGGGUUGAGAUCGUCCCCAGUUUUUCGGAUGGCGAGGAGUCGAAGAAGCGUCUGCGGACUAUCCAGACCAAAUUCCGUCUCGUGCACGUCAUGACUGGCUGUGUUCUGUUUUCUCACAAAACGAAGCUCCCUGAUUGGGGUUUCGAUCAACAAGAGGUGACUUGCGCAAAGGGGGCUAGUCUUCCCAACAGCAUCUGGUAUAUCGAGUCGAACAGUCACCCCAUGCUCGCAGAGGACGCAGAAAAGGUCAACUACCGGAAUCCUGGAUUCUUCGGCAAGUUUUGGGAGCUGCAGAAGGUGAUGUGGAUCACCAAUGCAGGCCUCACUGAAUCGCACGCUUGGGACUCUCGUCCGCCGUCAUGGCCCACCCUCCUUCGUGGCAUCAACUUCUGGGGCAAGGACCACCGCCAAGUAUAUCUUCUCGGUAACCCUGUCAUCUGGUGGUCGUCCACGGUGGCCAUUGCGAUCUACGUUGCUUUCAAGGGCAUUUCUAUCAUCCGCUGGCAGCGGAGCUGUGGUGACUACAACAACGUCAACUUCAAGCGGUUCGACUACGAGAUCGGUACCAGUGUUCUUGGCUGGGCUUUCCACUACUUCCCCUUCUACCUCAUGGCGCGCCAGCUCUUCCUUCACCAUUACUUCCCUGCCCUGUAUUUUGCCAUCAUUGUGCUCUGCCAGGAGUUUGACUUUCUUGCGAACCGCAUCAAGACCCUUGGUUUGCCGUCUAGACCUGUCAUUGGCAAAGCUUUGGCCGGUAUCUUCCUCGCGGCCAGCAUUUUCACCUUCACCAUCUACUCUCCCUUGGUAUAUGGCAACCCCUGGACGCAGGAAGCUUGCAACAAGGUCAAACUCUUGGAUGGUUGGGAUUUCGACUGCAACACCUUCUACACUAACCUUAACCAAUAUGUGACCCAGAUCGUCGAUACCAAUGUGGCCGUUCCCACUGCACAGCCAUCGGUGCCGCAGGUACCCGUUGGCGAGCAAGGCCCCCAGAAGCACCAAGGAGUACUGGCAGAGGAUGGCCAGGAAGCCGGCGUUACUGCCCGGGCUCAGCACAGCAGCAAGGCGCGUGUGGAGUAUCGCGACCAGCAUGGAAAUGUUUUGGACGAUGAGUUGGUGGCCUCGUUGAAGAAGGAGGGUAAGGUGCAAUUCGAGACCCGCCACGAGACCAGGACUCGCCUGGACAAUGGACGCAUCGUCGACAUGGUGGACGGUCAGAUUGCACCCCCUCACCCGGAUGUUGAAGGCCAGAACCCGGAAACUUUUGGCCAGCAGCAAAACGUUGCUGAAGACCGUCCCGCCUCAGCUGCCGGGCAAGGCAGCGCCAAGGAGGCGCAAGGCUCCGUUGACCCUAAGCCGGCCAGCGAGGCCAACGAGGCCACCCAAGCCGUUUAA